ACGGUUUUUGGAGAGCAAAUGAACUCCAUCACAGUGAUGUUGAGGAAGAAGUACAAGAAAUAUCUGCAAGCAAUAGUGGAGAAGAUUGUCAGUGAUACACAAGCUAACCGUACAACGAGGCUAAAACGGAUUCUUGAAGAAACAAAAGAGACUGAAGGUGAAAGCGAGAUGCGUGAAAGGAUGCAAGCUCUCCGUGCUCAGCUCUCUGAUUACAUGCACAACCUCCACGAGGUCUUUUCCAGCAGAAUAUUUGUUGCUAUUUGCCGAGGUUUCUGGGAUAGGCUGGGCCAGAUUGUGUUGAGAUUUCUUGAGAGCAGAAAGGAGAAUAGGAUUUGGUACCGUGGAUCCAGUUACGCUUUAGGGAUCCUGGACGACGUCUUCGCAUCAGAGAUGCAAAAGCUGUUAGGCAAUGCUCUCCAGGACAAGGACCUGGAUCCUCCGCAAUCAGUGAUCGACGCCCGGUCUAUCCUCUGUUGAGGGCUUGUGAGAAGAACCUUGAAUUGUUCAGAUCGAUCUCUACUCAUAAUUCUGCUGAGAAGAUCUGAAAUAUGGCCAGAGCAAUAUUUUGGUCGCAAGAGGUUGAAGCUUAUUGUUUGGUGUGCAGAAUAUAUGUAUACAGGUCGACGGCCUACAUUCUUUUUGUCCAUAGCGUGUUGUUAAUUGUUUCAAAACAUAAGAGGAAAGUUGUGUAGUGGUAAGCAAGAUUUGCUUUCCAAAGUGUAUAUGAUUAGUGUAAUUGCGUGUACUGGUUGUUCGGCAGCUGUUGAAUUCUCUAGACUUUUGGAGUUAAUUUACGUGAUAAUGACAUUUCAGGUGU